GGCUAGGGGCAGCUGUGUAGCCCUGGUCUGGCCAUAGUCCUAUAUAAUGGGUCCCUGAAGAGCAAAUAGUCACCCAGUUUUGUUCUGAGUUUCUACUGCAAGAAGAACUCAAGCUCAACUCAAACCUAGCCGCCAUGUCUCUGACCAAGACCGACAAGGCUAUCAUCCUCACCAUCUGGAACAAGAUCGCCACUCAGGCUGACUCUGUUGGUACUGAGGCCUUGGAACGGCUCUUUGCCAGCUUCCCCCAGACCAAGACCUACUUUCCCCACUUUGAUCUGCACCCUGGCUCAGCCCAGCUGAAAGCCCAUGGCGCCAAGGUGGUCAGUGCUAUUGGAGAUGCUGUCAAGCAUAUUGACAACGUUGGGAGUGCCCUGUCCAAGCUCAGUGAACUCCAUGCCUACAUCCUUAGAGUGGACCCUGUGAACUUCAAGCUCCUAUCUCACACCUUCCUGGUUACUGUGGCUGCUCGAUUCCCAGCUGACUUCACUGCUGAAGCCCAUGCUGCCUGGGACAAAUUCCUGUCCAUCGUGUCUUCAGUCCUGACUGAGAAGUACAGAUGAGCCCCCUGGACCUAGAGUCCUGAGAGGACAUUGGGAGCUGUCUCACCCACCUCCUACCCUGGUCCAGACACCCUUCCCUCCUGGUGUCUUCCCUACAGGCCUGUCCUCUAUAACCUUCAAAUAAAUGGAUAAACUUUA